AUGGACUUCAAUAAGGGAUAUUUGAAAAGGGAACUUAAUAAUCUAGAAGGCUUGAAGUAAGUAUAGAGGGAUCUGAAGCAAUAAAUAGAGAUAGCUGAGAAGGAGUUGAAGAAAUCUUGUAAGACAAAAAUAAGGGUGAAAAAGAUCUUGAAAAUAUGUAGAGACAACAAAUAGUAAAAUGAGGAGUAUAUUAGAUAUUUAAAUUAUCUGACUAGAAACUUCACUAAGUUAAUUAAUUUUGAAUAAUUGGAAAUUAAAAAGAGUCAAGAAAAUAUAUAAUAAGCAAAGCGACAAUUUGAUGAAUUUUUAAAAGUCUAUCGUUAAAAGCGAUAACAUCAGACAACAUUAUUGCUUCAAAUCAGAAAUAGUUUAAGAGAAAAACAACAUUUAGAUAAAAUAUUUUAAUUAAGUGAUUUACAAAUAACCGAAUAAGCUCAUGGUUCAAUCUAAAAAUUGAGGAAAAGAUUAAAUAAAAAGGAUGAUGACACCAAGAACAAGAAAAACAAAGAAUCUUAAGAAAAGGAACUCAAAUUACAAAGAGAAAAGUUAAUGAUCCUAGAACAACAAUAUCGAAAGAUAAAAGGAGUUUUUGAUAUUAAGAAUAGUGAUUAUCAUUUGAAUAAGGAAUUCGUAGAUUUUAUGGCAUCGAAAGAAAGAAAAAGCGAAUAUGAAAUUAAAUUGUCAGAGUGUCAAUAGAAAUUAAGUGAAGUCUUGGAUCUAAAUACAAAAUUGAAUGAAUAAGCUAAAACAUAUGAGAAUGCUUAUUCAUCUCAUAAUUUCAAUUAAAAGGAAGUCAAAAAAGACGAGCAAUCUUAAGAGAAAAAGCAAAUUAACAAUAUUUAAAUGUAAGAAUUAUAACUCAAGAAACUGAUGGUUUUGGAAGCUCGAUUAACCAGUUCAUUAGAAUUGAUCGGAAAGAAGUGUGGAGUUAAAGAUGAAGAUUAGAUUUCUAUUAUAUUAGAUUAGAGGAAACAACACAUUAUAAAAAAUGAGGGAUAGACAAAUUAUUAGAAGAUUUUAGAGCAGUAGUAUUAAAUAGAGCCGCUUUUAAAAUAGCAAGCACCAUUCUAUUUUCCAAACAGAUACACAAAUAAUAAUAGCAGUAGUAACAGUGAAAUUUGA